GGUGUGUCUCCACCCCCGUUUCGUCGGGGCCCCUAACCGCGGAGCGGGGGCCAGCAGGCGGGUGCGAGAGGCGGGAGCGUGACGGUCUGGUCUGGAGGGAGCCCCGGGCCUCACGCGUGUGUCAGGGGGAAGGUCCCGCGUGUGUCGUGUUAAGUAACGUCACGCACCGAGCAGCGGCGGGCCGUUAUUGCCGUUUCAGGGGUUAGGAGCGGCCUCGUGCACGGCACGCGGUGGCCCCGCUCCCCCCGGGCUGGGCAGUGACUGCGGCGUGGUGUGGCGGGACGCUGCCUCGCCUGCCGCGGCCCUGGAAGGGGUGCGGACAACGAGCACAGGGUGGCAGGAUGGUCUCAUGGGGAAGGCCGCAACAGUAUCAAAGUGCCUUGUUUUGGGCAGACAAAGUUGCUUCACUGUCUCAUGAGGAACCUCAGGACAUCUAUUGGCUGGCCCAAUGUCUCUACCUGACAGCUCAGUAUCAUAGGGCAGCACACGCCCUUCGAUCACGCAAGCUAGAUAAGUUGUAUGAAGCAUGUCGAUACCUUGCUGCUAGAUGUCAUUAUGCUGCAAAAGAGCAUCAACAGGCUCUUGAUAUUCUUGACAUGGAAGAGCCAAUCAACAAAAGACUAUUUGAAAAAUACUUGAAGGAUGAAAGUGGGUUGAAAGACUCUACCAGUGACUGGGAGAUGUCACAAUCCUCUAUCAAGAGUUCUAUUUGCCUUUUGCGAGGGAAGAUCUAUGAUGCUCUGGAUAAUAGAACCCUGGCAACGUACAGCUACAAAGAAGCCUUGAAGCUUGAUGUUUACUGCUUUGAAGCAUUUGACUUUUUAACAUCACACCAUAUGCUAACAGCACAAGAAGAAAAAGAGCUUCUUGAAUCUCUACCUCUUGGUAAACAGUGUACAGAAGAAGAACAAGAAUUGCUUCAUUUUCUGUUUGAGAACAAACUGAAAAAGUAUAAUAAGCCAAGUGAAACAAUAAUUCCUGAAUCUGUAGAUGGUCUUCAGGACAAUCUGGAUGUAGUAGUGUCCUUAGCUGAAAGGCAUUAUUAUAACUGUGACUUCAAAAUGUGCUACAAGCUUACUUCUGUAGUAAUGGAAAAAGAUCCUUUCCAUGCCAAUUGUUUACCUGUGCACAUAGGGACACUCGUGGAGCUGAAUAAAGCAAAUGAGCUAUUCUAUCUUUCUCAUAAAUUGGUGGAUUUGUACCCAAAUAAUCCUGUCUCAUGGUUUGCGGUAGGAUGCUAUUAUCUCAUGGUCGGUCACAAAAAUGAACAUGCCAGAAGAUAUCUCAGCAAAGCCACUACACUUGAGAGAACCUAUGGACCAGCUUGGAUAGCAUAUGGACAUUCGUUUGCAGUUGAGAGUGAGCAUGACCAAGCAAUGGCUGCUUACUUCACAGCAGCACAGCUCAUGAAAGGCUGUCAUUUGCCGAUGCUCUAUAUUGGCCUAGAAUAUGGUUUGACCAACAAUUCAAAAUUAGCUGAAAGAUUUUUCAGCCAAGCCCUAAGCAUUGCACCUGAGGAUCCUUUUGUUAUGCAUGAAGUUGGAGUGGUUGCAUUUCAAAAUGGAGAUUGGAAAACUGCAGAAAAGUGGUUCCUCGAUGCUUUAGAGAAAAUUAAAGCUAUUGGAAAUGAGGUAACAGUUGAUAAAUGGGAGCCUUUAUUGAACAACUUAGGACAUGUAUGCAGAAAGCUCAAGAAAUAUGAAGAAGCAUUAGAAUACCAUCGUCAGGCCCUAGUAUUGAUUCCUCAGAAUGCUUCCACGUACUCUGCCAUUGGAUACAUACACAGUCUAAUGGGCAAUUUUGAAAGUGCAAUUGACUAUUUUCAUACGGCCCUUGGUCUUAGGAGGGAUGACACUUUUUCAGUCACCAUGCUUGGACACUGCAUAGAAAUGUAUAUUGGGGAUUCUGAAGCUUACAUUGGAACAGAAAUUAAGGACAAAUUAAGAUGUUAUGACUUUGAUGUACACACUAUGAAGACAUUAAAGAACAUUAUUUCACCUCCCUGGGAUUUCAGGGAAUUUGAUAUAGAAAGACAAACGCUGGAUGAAAGUGGUAUUGUGACACUGGAAACAUCAAAUCAAAGGAAAACUACAGAUACUACUCGUCCAUUAGAAGAAACCUUUGAGAUUGAAAUGAAUGAAAGUGAUAUGAUGUUAGAAACGUCAAUGUCAGACCAUAGUUCAUGACUAACACUGGUAUAGAUCUCAUUUUGAAAAAGUAUAAAACAUUUGAAUUUAGCUUUUUUGUUCGUCAUGCAUUCAGGAAUUUGCUAUUUUUAUACAAAUCCCAACUACUUCUCUACACUUAACACCAGAGAAGUAAUGUCUGCCUUAAGACUGUUAAAAAUAUUCAUUACCAACAGACUAUUUCCAAUUUUAUUGUUUCUACAAAAUAAUCUUACAUAAUGGAAUAAAAGGUGAAAUUCAUAUAUUAUGUUUUUAAAACUAGUUACUGUACCCUGUGACUGCUCUUAAGACUGUGAAACUUUAAAAAUAUGUCCUGAAAAUGAAAGUGUACAAUAUUCAUCAAAUUGAGUAGCUAAGGGCUACUAUAUAAUUAUUGUGGCUUCUAAGUUUUCAACCUAUCUGUGAGGAACACUCUGUCAUAGGCCAAAAAUAACUAGGGUUUUGUUGCUAAUAUAAUGUUUUAUACUUUUAAGACCAGAAUAAUUUCAAAAAUAUCCAUUAUUUUGUUGAGCCUGUACAUGCAUUUGUGGAGAGCAAUUUUUUUAUCAGCUGAAUCUAAUUUGCUAUACGUUAAAUUGAUGUCAAAGCUUUUUAAGCAUGGGUAGUGGAUAUUAUGGGUUCUGUUUUGUCCUGUUUUUGACAAUCGUUUCAUCUUGUCAUCUGUACUGAACUACUGGAAGAUAGAUGUAAGCAGAACUGCUUUGGGAAAGCUGAUCAGGCAACAAAUGUGAAUGGCACAAAUAUUCAGAGUAUCAUAAAUAUUUUAAUAGAUACAUCUGAUACAGUUUUCUGAAAUCAGUGACAUCCUUGAGCUAUUAUUUUCAAAAGUUAACUUGAUUAUAAGCAAGGCAGAAUGUGCUGAUUAUAAGGCUGUAGAAAUUCUCUUUACAUUUCACUUGGUUAUUUUGUCAAGGUAAAAAUAUAACUGAAUGGUGUGUUUACAGUACUUAAAAAAUCUCUGUGGUAUUUUAUUUUUGAAUCUGCUCUGUGCAUCACUGUUUACAAUUAACAACCUUGUGUUUUAUGAACAGAAAUAAUUUCUCCAUCCAAUAAACUAAGUAGGGCCGUUCUGUGCUCCUGCUUAAAAUGAAUGCUAA